AUGCCUCCCCCACUAUCCUAUCCUGCACUGAAACUCGUAUUGGAGUAUUUGGAAGCGAAGAAACGGUAUCAUAUUACAUCUCGUAAUAGUGGUCUUCAAAAAAUUGAUUAUCUAAUUCCUCUCCGCGUCGGAACCCUCACUAUAUGGAAAGAUACCUCGGUUUCCCUAGACGAUUCAGAAUACAUGACGGACUAUAUGAACAGGAAAACUAAUAGAGAAGUGAACAAAGAAUUUAAAAUUUAUAAAGCAAAAGGAAAAUUAAUGAAGAAAUAUUUGGAAAGAAGACCUAAUAUUCUCGUGGAUCGUGUUGAAUUCAACAAUUUGAAGUUUUAUAAACGAGCUCCCGUGAAACUCAACUUGAUCAUCAAUACAUUGAAUAUUAUGAGUAAAAACGUCGAUGCUGUGAAAAUUAUCAAAGACUGGAUGAAAAACGGAAGGAAAAUUGGAACAGAGUACUUGCUCUGCUUCUCUUUUGGUGUUUGGAUCAAAGGAGUGUUGAAAGAUUUGACAAGAGAAUUCAAUGAGUUUCAAAACGAUUUGAAGGGGAUCAAUGUGCGAUUUCUUGCCAGAGAGCCGCGGUUUUCGAUUCCAAUGAGCCCAACAUCAAAGAUUAUCAUCUAUGGAACUCGGACACUGUCAAGCCACGGCACCGUCUAUCAGUUGGUGUUGAAGGUGGUCUCGGUAUAA